UAGUUUCUAUUACGAGCACCCUGAUUCGGGUUGCCCUGCGGUUUCGGGUAAUUAUCUCCAUCCAACUACAGACGCCGUCCAAACCCCUCAUCUAAAACAGCCUGAAUCCUGAUGCGAUGGCCUUAGCCACCGCCGCCGCCCCGCCGGCGAUAGCAGCGGCCACCUCGACGUCGUUUCCGUCUCUCCCAUCCCUCCUCCAACACCAUCUACCCGGCAGCCGCCGAACUGUCACAACCUCAGCCUUCGCGCGGCGCUUCCGCAGCAAAAACCCUAGUCCCUUCCGCUCCGGCAGCAAGGCCGCCGCCCCGGCCCCGGCCCCCGCCCCCGCCCUCGAAGACGACUUCGGCGGCCUCGAGGGAGAGCUCUGGCGCCUCCGCCGCCGCGCGGAGCUGCGCUUCCAGCGCCUCGCCGCGGAGGCCGACGAGGCCUACGGCGACCUCCGCUCCUGCGUCCGCGACGUCGGCGGAGACCGCGUGGUCCUGACCUUCCGCCGCUCGUCGCUGCGCUUCGCCGCGCUCGCCCUUCUCUGGUCCCUCGCCCUCUCCGCCGCGGCCUGGGCGUCGCUGGGGCUGGCCUUGCGGGCGUGGCGCCAGCUAUGGGGGCGGGGCUGGGGGGAUGGACCGGAAGGCGGGGCUGUGGUGACGAAGAGGGACCGGAGCAUGGGAGGGAAGGAGGUGGUGGUGUCUGUAUCGUCUCCUGUGCUGCCUCCGGCCAGCCGCGUCAAGGAGCCCGCAAGGAAGGUCAGGAGGAAGGAACCACAGGGAAGGGUCCCGGAGUGGUGGCCUGAGAUGGAAACGGAGUUGGUGGAACUGGGGCAAGAGGCGGAGAGGUGGGCGAUAUUGGCCAAUAGAUUGGUCCGAGCAAUCAUUGACAAUAGGGUUGCGGGGAAGGACUACAGAUACGAUGAUGCAGUUCAACUAAGGCAGCUAUGCAAGAUAUCAGGAGUAAAGGUCUCAUUUGACACAGAGAAUGCACGCGAUUCUUUCUACAGGGCAACAACAGGCUUUGUUCUGGAUGAUUGCAGCAGAACAGCAGAAGAUAUGGGGACAGCACGAAUCAAUGGUGAGAAUCCAAGAGAUUUUCUUGCUGGUCUUUCUACGAAUAUUGGGUUGGACAAGUUCCGUGCUGCCACACUUGUUUGUGCAUCAGUUGCUGCUCGCACUCGUGCGUGUGUCUUGCAAUGCUGGGCUCUAGAGAUUCAGGGAAAACGAGCAGAGGCACUAGAUGAGCUUGUGAAGAUUUGUAGAAUUCAUCGUGUAUUCCCUCCAGAAGAAAACUCUGCAGAAAUGGAAAUGGUCGCUAGUGGACUUAAAAAGAAUUUGGAAGUUGCAGAGAGGGUUCACCUUCUCUCUCUAUACAGGAGCGUCUGUACUACCGGUGUCAAAACUGCUGCAGAAGCUCUUGGCCUGAGCUCGCCGGAUCAAUGAGAACAGGUGCAGUAGAAGGGCUCAUUAUUUUUGUAGUUCCAGCUUGGCAUUGUCAUGCCUCGGGAAGGGCUUCAGGCCGCUGAAAUAUUCACAAUUGAAGCCUCUCUCAUCCUUGGUUUUCUGAGGUUGCAGAAUAUGAGCGAUAUUUAAUUCGAGGAAUGAACAUUUGAGGCAUAAUACGUCAUAAAUUUCCUGGCAGUACAAAAGGUCUAAAGCAUUAAAAAAAUUGGUAUAAGGCAGUACGUAUGAACACAGUAGCUAGUGCGUAGUUGGGCCAACUCAUCUGUUCUCUUGUAGAGCAUAAACAUAGUUUUGCUGGUGUCGUUGAACAAUGGCAGCAGUGCCUGAUCGGUGUAGCCGUGUAGGAUGCAGUUGUAGAGCAUAGGACAGUGUAGUGAAGCACGUCACUAUUCUUGAGGAUCCAGCCACCACCGCAUAAUUCGAGACAAGCGGGCCGACUCAAACUUGGUUGCCCAAGGUUGUAUUAUGACUUUGCACAAGCAUAUGCCUUUACAAAGCUUGUUAGCCUUCAAUAUACCAGGGAAAAAAAUCCAGUAUUCACCAAAA